AGCGUCAGGGUAAGAACAGGGAAAGUUGAUAAAUGCCCGUGCACUUGUCGCGACCAAGUAUAAAUAACAGACGUACGAUUUACUGCAGUUGGAAUUCAACUCUUAAAGAGAAAAUACCAUGAUGAUGUGUGAAAAGUUAUCCAUGUUGGUGUUUGGAUUAUUCCUUGUGAUUUUUGUAACAUUUGCCUAUCAGGUGACAGGUCGAGAAGAUUUCUCGAAUUAUUAUACCGCAGCGGUUGUUGCACAUACGCCUUUUUUGAAAGAGGACAAUGGUCCAUUGACUAUAAAAGAGAACGCAGACGCGUACAUGAGAUACAUAGAAGAAGCUAGUCAAUAUGGUGCGGAUAUUAUCGUAUUCCCGGAACAUGGACUCACGUCAGUGUUUGUGCCGGAUAAAUCGCAAAUGGAUCUAUGGAGAACGGUGGUCCCUUCCGCACAGGAUGAAUACGUUCCUUGCACAAGGAAUGACAUCAAGGGUGUCAGUGAAGUAAAUAUAUGUGUAUUCCUCGGUUUUUAAAAAGUAUUUAUAACUUAUUUACUUUAAUUCAAGGCUUCUCAUUUAGCUAUUCUUUGUACUGAUAAAAAAUAAUUGCGGCUAUUAAAACGCUAUGCAUUUGUGAAAACCGAAAUUAGUUUUUUGCCAAUUCAUCAUUUCCAUCUAAACUAAUGCAUGUUUACUCAAAAUUAGAGAAAAAAA